AUGCGUUUCUCUCGCGUGGUACCAUUCAUCCCGUUGGCUUCCGCCUUGGUGAUUACCGAAGCGGAGGUCUUCGAAAAGCUACCUAAAUCCAACAGGCAAAUCGAAAACGCCAAGUUGUCGGGGAAGGAGCUUCUUGACAACGCCCAAGAGGUUCUCGACGACACCUUCAACAAGGUCAAGGAGAGCGCACAGGGCAUCUACAGCCGGAUCCACGACGCUGGUGCCAAUGUUGAAUCGUGGUUAGAAGGCUCGUCGUUCGACGACGCUACUAUUAACUUUGGUGGCGGUGAGGACCACCCUCCCCAUCACCCACCUCACCACGGGCCCCCUCAUCACGGCGGACCUCACCACUCACCUCACGAUGGCGAAGACAAGCCCAACAGGACAGUAUACGAGCUCAUCAAUGAGAGCAAGUACACCACUAAGCUUGCUAAGCUGAUCAACAAGUACGAUGACCUCGUCGAGACACUGAACAGCACAAAGGCCAACUACACCAUCUUUGCCCCUACGGAUGAGGCUUUUGAAAAGAUCCCCGACCAUGGAAAGCACCCCUCAAAGGAGGUACUCAAGGACAUUCUUCUGUACCAUGUUAGCCCUGAUUUCUACCCCGCCGGCCGUGUUCUCCAUAGCUACACCAUCCCGACUUUGUUCGAGCCCGAGAAGCUUGGCCACAAGCAGCGCCUGACCGUUCGUGUCACUCUUAAGGGCCCCACUAUCAACUUCUAUAGCAAGCUUGUUGCUGUCAACAUCUUCGGCACCAACGGUGUCGUCCACGGCGUCGAUUCUAUUCUCGUCCCUCCCCCUAAGGUUGCCUCCAUCAUCGAGCUUCUCCCCGGCGAGUUCAGCACUCUUGAGCUUGCCCUACAAAAGACCGGCAUGUUCGAGAAGAUCAACAACACCGACUAUCCUCACGAGGGCGGCACCUUGUUUGCACCCUCCAACUUUGCCUUCCAAAAGCUUGGUCCCAAGAUCAACGCCUUCCUUUUCAGCACCUACGGUCAGAAGUACCUGAAGGCACUGCUGAAGUACCACAUCGUGGUCAACCAGACCCUCUACACUGACGCCUUCUACGACGCCAGCAAGAAGCACAGCGACGACGACGACGAGAAGUCCGCUGAUCGCCCGCCAUACUACCACUACGACUUGCCCACUGUGCUCGACGGCAAGUACUUGGCUGUUGACGUUGCAAGAUACGGACCGUUCGUGUCGAUCCGCAUCAACGGGUUUACGCGCGUCACCGUCCACGACGGCGUUGCCAGCGACGGUGUUAUCCAGGUCGUCUCAGACGUCUUGAUCCCGCCCAAGAACGCCAAUGGCGAGCAGGUCAUGUGGCAGGGUGAGGAGCUCAGCGUUGAGGAGUUCAAGCAGCGCCUUGAGCCUUUUGCCGGUGAGAACAUCGAAUUGUAG